AUGUUAGAGAAACGGAUUCAUCAGCAUAAUAAAGGCUCUACUUUCUCAUCAAUUGGCGCUAUCAGAUCUCAGACACCAUCGUCAGACAUCCAACAAGACAAGUGUUUACAGUGCUGCAGUAGUAAUCCUAUUUAUCAAAAUGACAAUCUUACAGGUGAUGAUGAUAGAGAAGAUGUCAUAUCGUUUUGCUGGUGUACUGAUGACGAAGAAACGCCAUCGACGAUGGAACAGCAAGUAAUAUCAAAAACUGAUUGCUCUUCAGAGCAAAAAGAAACCAACGAGUCCGAUUUACAAGUAUCGAAUGAGGUUACCAUCGUUUCUAAUAAAAUGCUAGACGUUACUGUACAAGGGCCAGUCAAACCAAAUAUUCAAUGUGGGAUUCAUACGGAACAAAACAAAAAGCAAAAUCUAAAAGGAAGAGUAGUGCUCACGAUCGACAAGCUGAAACACAAUACCGAACCUAUUAACAAAAAUGACAGGACAACAAAUACAAUGGCUCCGACAUAUAAUUCUCAACUUGAGGUCAAAAAGAAUACCGACACAACAUCGUUCGAAGAUUUACCAUUAAUUGAAAGUUAUCAGUAUCGAGUCAAUUUAUUUAAAAAUAGAAAGGAGUUGGUUGCAGCUGGCGAUUCUUCGAACACAGAUAAGUCAUAUAUUAAAGAACCUGAAAAAAGGUAA